GUUCGUGGAAUCGGAGUGCUCGUUCGUCCGUUCUCAUCUGGUCUGCUCGACGUGCAUUUGUGUCCCUGCGAAUUCACAUACGACAGCGUCGGUGAAAAUAAGUGCACUCGGAAGAGAGUCACAAUAAGGAUGUGGCGAGAUCCUCCAGGCGGAGGGUAUAAGAAACCUAUCCACGUCGCCGCUAUGUUGCUGCUAGCUGUUAUCCUGACAUUGACAACGGUUAUUUCUGCCGAAGAUGCAUCUAUGGGACCGGUGUUUGUUAAGGAACCUCCAAACCGGAUUGAUUUCUCAAAUGGAACUGGAGCCGUCGUUGAAUGUCAGGCAAGAGGAAACCCACAACCAGAUAUCAUUUGGGUCCGUUCUGAUGGAAAUACUGCUGUAGGAGACGUUCCUGGAUUGAGACAGGUUAUGCCGAAUGGAAAUUUGGUGUUCCCUCCUUUCCGUGCUGAAGAUUAUCGUCAAGAAGUUCACGCUCAGGUCUACACCUGUUUAGCACGUUCCCCUGCAGGUUCGGUACACAGCCGUGAUGUCAACGUGAGAGCCGUGGUGGCGCAGUAUUACGACACCGACGUCAAUAAAGAAUACGCGAUCCGUGGGAACAGUGCCAUUUUGAAAUGUGUCGUUCCUUCUUUCGUCGCCGAUUUCGUCAAAGUCCUAUCCUGGCAUACGGAUCAGGGAGAGGAAUUCGUGCCUGGCGAUGAUUUUGAUGGAAAAUACUUGGUGCUGCCAUCCGGAGAGCUGCACAUCAGGGACGUCGGACCCGAAGACGGAUAUAAGACUUACCAAUGCCGCACGAAGCAUAGGCUCACUGGCGAAACUAGGCUAUCCGCAACGAAGGGUCGUCUUGUCAUUACUGAGCCAAUGGGAGCGAAGGGGCCGAAAUUCUCGAGUGACGAUCGCGUCAACUCAUUUAUACGCGCCGCGGGAAGUGCAUCGAGUUUACACUGUCCUGCGCAGGGGUUCCCCGUACCGUCGUUCAGAUGGUACAAGUUCAUCGAGGGCACAUCGAGGCGUCAGCCGGUUCAAUUAAAUGAGCGCGUACGUCAGGUCAGCGGCACUCUGAUCAUUCGUGAAGCUCGAGUUGAAGAUUCCGGUAAAUAUCUUUGCAUCGUCAACAAUUCCGUCGGCGGCGAGAGUGUGGAGACCGUUUUGACUGUUACGGCACCGCUGACCGCGGAAAUCGAGCCUAGCACGCAGACCAUCGACUUUGGAAGACCAGCGACCUUCACCUGUACCGUCCAAGGCAACCCAAUCAAGACCAUCUCCUGGCUCAAAGAUGGAAAGCCCCUUGGAUUGGAAGAUCGCGUGCUGAGAAUCGAGAGUGUGAAAAAAGAGGACAAGGGAAUGUACCAAUGUUUCGUUAGAAAUGAUCAGGAAAGUGCACAAGCAACGGCAGAGUUAAAACUUGGUGGCAGAUUCGAGCCCCCGCAGAUCCGUCAAGCCUUCGCCGAAGAGACUCUUCAACCCGGACCGAGUAUGUUUUUGAAGUGCGUUGCCAGCGGAAAUCCUACCCCCGAAAUUACCUGGGAACUUGAUGGAAAACGAUUGUCGAACACCGAGAGACUGCAAGUGGGACAAUACGUCACAGUCAAUGGUGAUGUCGUGUCGCAUCUGAAUAUUUCGAGCAUUCAUACCAAUGAUGGUGGUCUCUACAAGUGCAUCGCUGCGUCAAAGGUCGGAGCUGCCGAGCAUUCUGCGCGUCUCAAUGUUUAUGGUUUGCCGUUUAUUCGUCACAUGGAUAAGAAGGCCAUCGUUGCUGGAGAAACUUUGCGUGUCACUUGUCCUGUUGCUGGAUACCCGAUCGAAAGUAUCGUUUGGGAACGAGAUACCAGGGUCCUGCCAAUCAACAGAAAGCAAAAGGUCUUUCCUAAUGGCACACUCAUCAUCGAGAAUGUUGAACGAAUGAGCGACCAGGCAACCUAUACUUGCGUGGCACGUAAUGCACAAGGUUACAGCGCACGUGGAACACUAGAAGUUCAAGUCAUGGUUGCACCGCAAAUUGCACCGUUCGAUAUCGCCGAGGAACCAGCCAACUGGGGUGAUUCCAUUUCCGUGGUGUGCGCCAUUCUCAAGGGCGAUUUACCGAUCGAGAUUACGUGGGCUUUGAACGGGGAGCCGAUUCGGCCAGAUCGUUCGGACAUUAAUAUCUUGGCGACAACUCGGAAGAAUAGCAUCCUCAGCAUCGAGUCCGUGGCUGCGAGACACGCAGGAGAAUACACGUGCUCGGCGUCGAAUAAAGCCGGAGCGACCAGUUAUUCAGCGACUUUAACUGUGAAUGUACCUCCUCGUUGGAUCCUGGAACCUACCGAUAAAGCAUUUGCUCAAGGAUCUGAUGCACGAGUAGAAUGCAAAGCCGACGGAUUCCCCAAGCCUCAGGUCACAUGGAAGAGAGCUGCUGGGGAUACGCCGGGAGAUUAUACCGAUUUGAAAUUGAGCAAUCCUGACAUUAGCGUGGAAGAUGGCACUCUCUCUAUUAACAAUAUACAAAAGACUAAUGAAGGCUAUUACCUUUGUGAGGCUGUUAAUGGAAUUGGAUCAGGCUUAUCGGCUGUCAUUCUUAUUUCGGUUCAAGCUCCUCCGCAAUUUGAAAUUAAACUAAGAAAUCAAACCGCUCGUCGUGGAGAACCGGCUGUAUUGCAAUGCGAGGCGCAAGGAGAAAAACCAAUUGGCAUUUUAUGGAACAUGAACAACAAGAGAUUGGAUACGAAGAGCGAUCCUCGUUAUACUAUUCGUGAAGAAAUCUUGGCUAACGGAGUACUGUCCGACUUGAGCAUCAAAAGAACCGAAAGAAGCGAUUCUGCCUUGUUCACUUGCGUAGCCACGAAUGCCUUCGGUAGUGAUGACACUAGCAUUAAUAUGAUCGUACAAGAGGUGCCAGAAGUUCCAUAUGGUCUUAAAGUAUUGGAUAAAUCAGGACGUUCGGUACAAUUAUCAUGGGCCGCACCUUAUGAUGGAAACAGCCCGAUUAAACGAUAUGUUAUUGAAUACAAAAUCAGCAAGGGUUCCUGGGAAACUGAUAUUGAUCGAGUGCUCGUACCUGGCUCGCAACAGAACGUAGCCGGAGUGUAUAAUCUAAGACCCGCGACUACCUACCAUCUUCGAAUCGUCGCUGAAAACGAAAUUGGCACAUCUGAUCCGUCUGACACGGUCACUAUUAUCACCGCAGAAGAAGCACCUACUGGCCCGCCAACUUCCAUCAAAGUAGAUGCUCUCGAUCAGCACACGCUCAAAGUAACGUGGAAACCGCCUCCGCGCGAGGACUGGAACGGUGAGAUUCUCGGCUACUAUGUUGGAUACAGACAAUCGUCGGACAAGCCGUACAUGUUUGAGACUGUCGACUUCUCCAAGGAAGACAUAAAGGAGCACCACUUGCAGAUCGCAAACCUCAAGACUUACACCCAGUACGGCGUGGUCGUUCAAGCAUUUAACAAAGUCGGCUCCGGACCAAUGAGCGAGGAACGUAGGCAACAUACCGCAGAAGGCGUACCCGAGCAACCGCCUCAUGACACUACUUGCACAACUCUUACUUCUCAGACUAUCAGAGUGUCCUGGGUGUCACCGCCACUUAGCGCGGCCAAUGGCGUUAUCACCGGUUACAAAGUCAUCUAUGGACCGUCCGAUACGUGGUACGACGAGAAUACGAAAGACACUAAGAUUACAUCUUCUAGCGAAACCAUCCUGCACGGUCUCAAGAAAUAUACCAACUACAGCAUGCAAGUUCUGGCUUUCACAUCUGGAGGAGACGGCGUUAAGUCUGCACCAAUUCACUGCCAAACUGAGCAAGAUGCACCCGAAGCUCCUAUUGCUAUCAAAGCUUUAGUCAUGUCUUCGGAAUCCAUUCUUAUCUCAUGGCGUCCACCCAGCCAACCUAAUGGAGUUAUUUCUCAGUAUACUGUUUACACAAAAGCGGACAAUGCAGAGGAGCCAACCAGUCAGAAAGUACCACCAAAUCAACUAACACACGAAGCAUCUGGAUUAGACAAGCAACAAAGAUAUGAAUUUUGGGUGACCGCUAGCACGAAUAUUGGUGAAGGUGAAGCUUCCAAGAUUGUGACUUUGGGACCAAGUGUUCGAGUACCGGCCAAGAUCGCAUCGUUCGAUGAUAAGUUCACUGCAACAUACAAAGAGGACGUUAAGCUGCCAUGUCUCACUGUCGGUGUACCAGCACCGGAAGUAACAUGGAAGGUACGAGGCGCUAAUCUUCAAACAACCGAACGAUUGAAACAAUUACCCGAGGGAUCGCUAUUUAUCAAAGAAGUCGAUCGCGCGGACGCUGGAGAAUAUUCUUGUUACGUGGAAAACUCCUUUGGACAUGAUACCGUGACUCAUCAGCUGGUCGUCCACGCUCCUCCGCAUUCACCGCAAGUUACUCUUACCGCCACCACCACCAACUCUUUGACGAUGAAAUUACGCCCGCAUCCCACGGACAAUGCACCGAUUCAUGGCUAUACGAUUCACUACAAACCUGAGUUUGGCGAUUGGGAAACCGUUCAGAUCAGCUCCACAGCACAGAAAUAUACACUCGAGAAUCUGUGGUGCGGUUCCCGAUAUCAGAUUUAUGUCACCGCUUAUAACGGAAUUGGAAUCGGCGAUCCUUCGGACAUUCUAAACACACGUACAAAGGGCUCCAAACCAAUCAUCCCCGAAGCGGCGAAAUUCAUCGAGGUAUCCACGAACAGCAUCUCUUUACACUUGAGCACCUGGUCAGAUGGUGGCUGCCCCAUGUUGUACUUCGUUGUUGAACACAAGAAGAAAAUGCAGCAGGAAUGGAACCAAGUCUCGAACAACGUCAAACCAGGCGGUAACUUUGUAGUAUUGGAUCUGGACCCCGCUAGCUGGUACCAUUUGCGUGUUACGGCUCACAAUAAUGCCGGUUUCGCCGUGGCCGAGUAUGAAUUUGCGACUUUGACGGUGACUGGCGGCACCAUUGCACCGGCCCGCGAGCUGCCGGACGUGAACGGUGGUAGCAACGAUGAAGACCCAAUGAAAAUUUUCAUGGCUAACUUAAAUCUGGUCGUACCUGUGGUAGCAGCCAUACUCGUAAUAAUCGUUGCCGUCAUUGUGAUCUGCGUUCUCAGAGGGAAGGGUCACAGUAGCGAUAAAGACGACGUAGUCUACCAGCAAACCGGAGUUGGCGGCGCUACCUUGGACAAACGCAGAUCUGAUCUUCGCGAUGAAUUGGGAUACAUCGCACCCCCGAAUCGCAAGCUUCCACCUGUACCCGGCUCAAAUUAUAACACCUGCGAUCGUAUCAAGCGAGGUACAGUUAUAAGUGGAACUAGCUCAUUAAGGAGUCACUCGACGUGGGAUCCGAGGCGACACAUGUAUGAGGAAUUGAGUCACUACCCGCCCAACAGGAGAUGCCCACCACCACCACCACGUAUGGGCAGCGCGGAUGGUCUUUCGCACAGAGGUAUGGAGGAUGAGAUCUGCCCGUAUGCUACGUUCCAUUUAUUGGGAUUCCGCGAGGAAAUGGAUCCGAGCAAAGCUAUGCAAUUCCAAACCUUCCCUCAUCCAGGAAAUGGCCAUUCUGGCACUAUGGGACCACCCGUAGGACAUCCGACUAACGCUUCUGCUCAUAGCCGCUCUGGAUCUCAGUCUAUGCCUCGUCAAAACGGUCGCUACUCUCGAGUACCAUCUCAAGGAGGCGGCAGCGGCACGCACAAUGUCUUUUCACCCGAAUAUGACGAUCCGGCUAACUGCGCUCCCGAGGAAGACCAGUACGGAUCACAGUACGGACAAUACGGCGCACCUUACGAUCAUUAUGGAUCUCGCGGAUCGGUCGGACGUCGUAGUGUAGGCUCGGCUCGCAACCUUCCCAUCUCUGGCUCGCCGGAACCGCCUCCACCGCCGCCGAGAAAUCAUCAGGAUCAGAAUAACUCCAGUUUCAACGAUAGCAAGGAGAGCAACGAGAUCAGCGAGGCCGAGUGUGAUCGCGAUCAGCUUGUCAACCGCAACUACGGCGUGAAUGCUCGCGGCAAGGACGGCAUGACCACCGAGGAGAUGCGUAAACUCAUUGAGAGGAAACCAAACGAAGCUCCCGGCCGGCAAACCGGCAGCCCCCACGGCGGUCACGGGGGACUCCUCACACCCUACGAUACUGUGGCAGUGUAACCUGUAAAUCGUCAUCUUCCGUGGUCUUCCGCCUCUCUCGAUAGCCGGCGGCCGCGAGGAAAGGAACCGAGAGACGCGGAAAUGAAGCGCACGCUAACUCUUCCCCCGGUGCUGUCGUCGGUCCAAUUUGCAACGAUUUACGAUAGAAAUUAGAGACGUCGUCGCGAGUAGAUAGAUUCGAUUACCGUGUAAGGUGUACGCGUAUUGAUAUCAUCUCGAGAUCAUAUGAUUACGGACGAGGAUUCUGCAGCCCGCCUCGCGAAAUGGGACCGCCUCCUUCGCUCUUGCGACCAUAUCACACGAUUUUUCUCUUUCUCUCGCUCACGGCCUUCCGCUCCUUCAUUGUCACUUCCUCGGGAAACGUUCGUUUAUAUUUGAUCCUGGGGGAAGGCCAACUUGAAACUGCCUUGUUUUUGAUAAAAACUUAUUGGACCGGUUUAGUCGAUUAUGCGCAUUCGAGAAGGCCAAACUCAAGACUGUCUGUAUCUACUGCCCUUACUGCGAAGGAGGCACAGCGAUUCGUGAGGUCAGCCAUACUUCGUUCGUAACUUUUUUACGAGUCCUGGAACUCCUCGCGCACGUUCGAUUACAUCUGAAAUUUUUUUAUACCGACAGCUGUAGAAAAUGACCUGCGUUUUGAUACGUGUCUUCCUCGAUGACGUGCUCAAUCAGGCUCAAUAAUUUGUAUACUUGACGACACGAACUUACAAAUUAAUCGUCUAUCUCCGCACACACGCAUGACGAAAUAUUUUCGAUUAGCGGAGACACUGAGGGGAAUUUGAAUCUUCUCGCACUAUAUUCGUCGAACGUGCACGAGAUGUUGGAGGCUCGUGAGACUGCCGCGAGAGAAACUUGUCCUGUAGGAAGGCGAACACAGCCGGAAGUCGUGUUCGCGGACUGUUCAGUUGCGGCAGAGACGCGGCCCGCGAUGGUGCUCUCGGCGACGGUGGAUUUAACGGGGGGUCUUCUGAUAUACAAUAUAUAUCCAGGAUAUAAUCCUAGGUUACAUUCGUCGCAGGAGUUGCGAGGGAUAAGGGAAAAGAAAAAAAAAAUGGAAGAAAGAGAAAGGAAACGUAUAAACGACAUAUAUGCGUAUACAUGAGAUUAGUUGGUCGCUUUUUAAGUCAUGGUUGUGCCACACUGCCGCUCCCUGCGGGCGUACGAUAUAUAGAUACAUACGUACACAUAUACUAUAUACAUAUACUGUACGAUUUAUAAUUUCGUAACGAAGGUUGUGUCCCCGCCCUUGCCACCGCUCCCUUUUCGCCCUUUUCGCCCUUUACUCUCUCCCCCCCCCGCCCCCCUUGACGAUCGGUGAUCUUGAGUCUCUCGUGGUCUCGACGUCGCGGAGAGCAAGGUUUAUAGGGUACGUCGUCGCAUUUUCGUCUUUCGUCGUCGCUGUCAUCGUCGUCCUCGUAGCGGAUCCGUUUAGGCGAUCGAUUCGAGACAUUCCCAUAUUGUUCGCUCGAAAAAGGGGAUAAGUCCCGUACACGAAACACCGAUCGACUGUCCGUAGGAAGAACAACGCGGCAAGCCAUCGAGGGAACGCUUCGAUAUAUAUAUAUAUACACGGCAGGCCAACCAGAGCCUCGUAACAUUAUACGAUAUACAAUACAUGGAUCGCCACGCGCGCUGGCGCGUGCACGCAAUAUACGCCACACCACACUUGCUGUCGUCCUAUAUAAUAUAAAUAUUUAGUCCGCUGUAUACACCUAAUUAUUCCCCCCCCCCCCCCUCCCUCCCUCCUUCCCCCUCCCCCUAAUCUUCUAUCGAUCAAUUAUACGCGACGUACCGUACGUAAGAUUCACUGACAUCGCGACGAUGAUCGUUACAGGUGUAAGCGGUUCGAGUAAUAAAAGAAGUUGGAUUUAACGUAGAUAGUUCGUAAGUCGGACGGAUGGUCGCGAGAAGGCGAUCGUUGAUUUUCGCGACGGGGCGAGAGGUCGGGAUCUGGUUAACGGAACGUAUACCUCAGGACGCAAAUUGAAGAAUUGGUCUGUCUGUCUGUCUAUCUGUCUGUCCGCGAUCGGACGAUUGAUCGUUUGCUGGCUCGAUGAACGAAGCGGAUGCUUCUCGAGCUUCUUCGCGUAUGCACCAGCCCGACGUCGCGCAACGCCGCGGCCACGACGCCGCGUCUCAUAGUUCGUUUUUAUCACGAUACUAUUUCUAGAUAUAUAUACAUACAAAUAUAAAUAUAAAUAUAUAUUAUAUAUACACUAACUAUAUAUACAUACAUACGUUGUAAGUAGCUAUUUCUAGGUGUCGCAUUUGUUUGCCGAGGCGAUGCGCGAGCCGGCUACCAGUCUUGGGCGACUGGACCAGAGGAAGCACUCUCGAAAAAUUAACGAUCACGUGAAUUAUAUUUAACUCCGCGUAUUUAACUCUCACCGUACUCGGACAAGCUGUAUCUUGUGAAUUGUUGUAUUCCUUAUUGAUGUUAUCAUUAACUGAUUUCAUCCAAUCUGUUGCAUCGAUCGAAGGGAAAUAUUUUGUGAAAUUUAUUUGACAUCACAUUAUUCUGGUGCUAAUUACAUUUUAAAGCCGCAAUUUCAUUCAAGCCGCAAUUAGUACGGCCUAAAUUGAUACUGCCAUCGUUUUUUAUUACUCGCUGCACUCAGAGACAAGCAUACAGCGACAGUAACUGUACAGGUUUUGUGUUAUGUAGAAUUAAUGUAUCUACAUAGUUGAAUGUACUGUCUUAUAAUUGCAAUGGCUAUAAAAUAGUAUCAUUCAACUAUACGCGCGUACGUUAAUUCUACAUAAUAUAAAACUCGAACAAUUGUCACCUAUUAUUAUAUAUGGAGAGAUUGUUGCUACUAUGUCUUUCCUCUGUAAGUGUGGGUUGGUGGAUUAAAAAACUGUAAAAAAAUACGCACAUAUAGGCUGUAAAGAGAGAAUUUUCGAAACGUUGGAAUAGAGCUUGAAGGGUGCUUCGUCCGUCUCUUCGUCGCUUCCGCUCUCGCAGAGGAAUUCCUACCCUCUGCCACUCGAAACUGGUUGCGGCUCGACGCGCCGACGCACUUUUACUCAUCGAUGUGAUUUUAAAAGGCUGCGCAAAAAAGCCUCGUGUCUCGUGUAUAUGUUACAAUCGCGCUCUUACCGUAAUUAACGUAGCCGUAUCUCGUCCCAAAUCACCCUUUACGAUUUACAGUAUCACGUUCCACUCACGUAACUCGCCCCCGCGAAACUUUGUCGCUUCGAAUCGCUUCCGAAUCUAACCAGAGCUAAUAUACGGCACACAGGCCGAUAAUGAUGAUAACAAUGAUGAUGAUAAUGAUAUUAAUGCAUUCGUAUAUAGUAAUACGAUCACGUCCGCGCGCUACCUUGGCCGCGGUUUUUAACUUUUGUCUUAAGCGAAGUGGACGUCCGCGACGUCGCACAGGUGAUAAACGUUUAUGUUGUAAGCGGCCCGGGGUGACCGGCAAUAGGGGCUGAUGAACGAGGGACAUUUUAGUGCAGAUAAUCAGUUUGAUCGAUCUACUUCGAUUCUAACUUCGGCUAAACAUUCAAUGUUUUUCGCAGCUGAAACGUUUAUGACGAUAGAGUAAUACUCGAAGACUGAGAAUUUUACGUCCAUGUUUGCUUAUCGCUUCAUCCAUCUCUCACUCGCGGUUGCUUUGUACCACACAGUAGCAUUCUCAUAGGAUUGAUAUAUCGCGCCGUCCUCGUGCCUUUCUUGCCGGAUACCCCCCGUGCCCAUCGUUCGCUCGUCGCGCUUCUCGUGAUCGACGUUAUAUAUAUAGGUACUGCGUAGUAAUUCUUUGCAAGAUUCGACGUUACUUUUUUGAGGGACGCCGCGAAGCGUGUCGCUCGCUUGUGUAUGCUUGAUUGAUAAUAUUGCGUUGAAAGCAUUUGGCUGUUCUUUUUUCGUACGACGGCGAGCGCGGUUCUUCGAGCUCGUGUUCUCACCCCUUUCCAUUCCUUCCUCACCAUCGCAUCGCGUUGCCUGUCAAACUCGAAGCGUUUCCUUCGCGUCCUUUUGACGAUCCUCGCGUACGUGCGAAAGAAUUCGCGGGAACGUGAUCUCACGUUUGAUAGUGGAAAAGUAACGAAAAGGAAAAAAAGAAGAAAAAAAAAAAUACGCGCUCAACAUCCUCCGCGCUCGAGGAGACUCGAGGAUCCGCUCGCAGUGUACCGUUUCCUCUCAACGCCACUAUUUUAUGUUUUUGUACCAAAGUUGUAGCAUCUAACUUUGCGUUGAAUAAAUAAACCUUAAAA